CUCCCUCCGCCCCAACAAUCCGCUUCAUCUUCUCUGCUCCCGUUCAAUCCCCAACUCGUUAUUGCAAUGACCCAAUUAUUCAGCUCUUCUAAUCACUCCAACAUGUCCGAGAAGAGGACUUUUUCCGGUCUGCCGCUCUCCUCCAACAAGCAAGUCCACGGCUCCAACAGCCAGGUUUCCCAAAAGAUCAAGGCCUUCUUCCGAAUCAAUACCAGCAAUUCCGACAAAGAUCGCAAGCAGACCGAUGACCCCAACGCCAGCCUGGCACCCAAGAACGACUCCAAAUCCUCCUUCCGCCAGUCGAGAUUUCUUCCGCACAUCUCCCGGAAUCGCUCCACAACCGUCACCAGCGAAGGCAAUGGACUUGAUGAUGGAGUGUCCCCCACCGCACACGCGAAUCCCUACUUCAUCCACCAGGGGCCGCCUGCCCUCCGCCAUCAUAAUGCAGAAGCCGUCAGCGGUGCAAACGAUCAAGCCACAACAGCUGGCAAAGAAGAAUUGGCCCGGAAGCUGCGAAGAGUAGCUUCUGCCCCCAAUGCGCAAGGUCUCUUCUCUUCCGGCAAGUCUACGGAGCGACCGCAGACGGCAGAGCUCGGGAAACAACCGCUCGUGCACCACCCCAAUUCAUCCACCCUUAGUAUGGUUGAAACAAUGCCGCCCGGUCAGGAUCAUCUCCUUUCUGUCGACCCGAGCAAAGGCGUCCCCUCCCCCGGGCAGAUUCGCAAUUCGGUUGCUUUCCGCAGGACAUACAGUUCCAAUUCCAUCAAAGUGAGGAAUGUGGAAGUCGGUCCGGGCAGCUUUGACAAGAUCAAGCUCAUCGGAAAGGGCGACGUAGGUAAGGUUUACUUGGUACGGGAGAAGAAAUCAAGUCGGCUGUACGCUAUGAAAGUAUUGAGCAAAAAAGAGAUGAUCAAACGAAACAAGAUCAAACGCGCACUCGCCGAGCAGGAAAUCCUAGCAACGAGUAAUCACCCAUUUAUCGUAACUCUCUACCACUCCUUCCAGUCCGAGGACCACCUUUAUCUCUGCAUGGAAUAUUGCAGCGGCGGUGAAUUCUUUAGAGCACUUCAAACUCGGCCGAAUAAGUGUGUAGACGAAGAUGCAGCGCGGUUCUACGCAGCAGAGGUGACAGCUGCUUUGGAAUACCUUCACCUGAUGGGUUUCAUCUACAGAGAUUUGAAGCCAGAGAAUAUCUUGUUACAUCAGUCUGGCCACAUUAUGUUGUCAGACUUUGAUCUCUCAAAGCAAUCCGAACCCGGAGGUCGACCAACCAUGAUUGUUGGCCGCAAUGGCGCAUCCUCGACCAAUCUUCCUACCAUCGACACCAAGUCUUGCAUCGCAAAUUUCAGGACAAAUUCGUUUGUUGGAACCGAAGAGUACAUUGCACCCGAGGUCAUCAAAGGUUGCGGACAUACUUCCGCAGUCGACUGGUGGACGCUGGGAAUUUUGAUUUACGAGAUGCUCUAUGGAACAACGCCAUUUAAGGGAAAGAAUCGCAAUGCGACAUUUGCCAAUAUCUUGAGGGAUGAUGUGCCCUUUCCAGAAGGGUCUGGUGCCCCCUCUUGCUCGACUCUUUGCAAAUCAAUAAUCCGAAAGUUACUCAUCAAGGAUGAGUCCCGCCGUCUGGGGUCCCGAGCUGGAGCAUCCGAUGUCAAGACUCACGCUUUCUUCCGUACAACGUCAUGGGCAUUGCUACGUCACAUGAAGCCACCAAUCAUUCCUAACCAAGGACAGGGUGUUGAAACACCCAACUUCCGGAAUGUGAAAGAAAGCCAGAGCGUGGAUAUCAGCGCGGCGAAGGCAAAGGGGGUGCCGCUGGACUCCGGCCUGGCGACACCAUUGGGUGAGGUUGCUGAUCCCUUUGAAGAGUUUAACAGCGUGACCCUUCACCAUGAGGGCGACGAGAUGCACAACAGCAUUGAUGAAGGACAUUUCGAACUCCAACAAACGAAUUCCCGCCGAUAG